AUGAAUCAGGGACAGGACCUGACGGGGACGGGAUCUGCGCUGGGCGCGAAUGGGUCGACGGGGACGAACUUGUCGGUGUCGGAUACGGAGCGCAAGAAGGCGGUCAAACGGCAGAAAUAUAACCGCGAGAACGAGUUGAAGUGGAUCCAUGCUUGUACGAGGCUUCAGGCCGACAAUGUGAAAAAAUCAACCAAGUACAAGAAGCUGGUGAGACACGGCGUGCCAACGUCCGUCCGUGGACGCGUAUGGCUCUUCCUCGCAAAAGCAGAUCUCUAUCGCCAACCCGGACUCUUUGAACAACUCUGUAAACGGGGGCCUCUCCCGAUCCACGAGGUAAUCGAACGAGACAUCCAUCGCUGUUACCCGGACCACGUCCACUUCCGGAACGGGAUGGGAGGCACAGGACAACAGGAUCUGCACGCAGUCCUGAAGGCCUACGCGCACUACAAGCCCAGCGUCGGAUACUGUCAGGGCAUGGGUCGACUAGUCGGGAUGAUGCUGAUGCAGAUGCCCGUCGAGGACGCCUUCUGGCUGUUGGUCGCGACGAUCGAGGGAUACAUGCAGGAUUACUAUACGCCGUCCCUCCGACAGCUGCGGAUCGAUGCUCAGGUCUUUGAGCGGCUCCUCCGGGAUCAGGACCCACCGCUGGCAGAGCAUCUGGAGAAGAACGAUGUGAUCCCGUUGAUGUAUAUGACUCAAUGGUUCAUGACCCUCUACACCAUGAGUCUGCCGUGGGCCUCGGUACUGCGGGUCUGGGAUGUUUUCUAUUAUGAUGGAGUCAAAGCACUCUUCCGGGUCGGUUUGGCGAUCCUGCAGCUGUGUCGGGAGCAUCUGUUGAACAAGUGUCCGACCUCGUCCGAGUUGCUCGCGUACAUCUUGCAUAUCCCGCUCGAGAACCUGGCGCCGAAACCGUUGCUGGAGGCGGCCCUGCAGAUCAAGCUGAGGAAGCAGUCGGUCCAGAAGCUGAUUGCAGUAACUGCAGAGUCGAUGGAUGCUGCAGCAGCUGGGACGGGGUCAGGGGCGAAAACGACCUCGACCUCGACCUCGAUUUCGGCUUCGACUUCGACUUCAACCUCGGCUGCGUCGAAGGGUCGGCGGAGAUCUGUGUUCUCGGCCAAUGGUGCGACGACGAUGAAUAGUAAGAUAGAUGAUAGUCAAGACAUAUCUGCUGGAACCUCUGCUCCGACUUCAUCUGCAUCGUCCGCCAUGGGUUCGACUUCCUUCUCGCCCUUGGGUGUGUUCAAGACCCGAAAGAGAGCUGGCACCAUUCACAAAUAG